AUGAUCGAAAGUGGUGAAGAUUACGGAUUAGGCUUUCCAAGCAGUCCAAAAACACCCAAUACUUAUUCACCUGAAUUAGAACGACUAUGGCGUGAAACAUCUAACUUACGUGCAGAUCCUUCGAUGAUACUUGAAACUCCUAAUGUAUAUGAACAAGCUGCUCGUCUAAAAAAACUUGGCGUCGUUGAUCAUAUGAGUCAAUAUGAUACAAAUGGUGUACAGAAUCUUACAGACGAAUUGAGCAAAACACCUUCGACUAUGUCAUUAUCAUCAGCAUCGUCCACGUGUUCAUCGGAUUUAAGUCCACCAGCUCAUCUUGUUCCAUAUCAAAUGCAGCAUCAACAAAAUCGACAUCAUUUUCAACAACAGCAUCAUCAUCAUCAUCAUGAUCUUGCUCAUCUUCAUCCUUCUCUUUCUCAACAACAGGCGUAUCAGCCAGCAGCGGCAACGAGUGAAGUUCCAUAUCAACAUCCUGGCUCAAAAAUUCGUUCAAGUCCCUUGAUUCAUUCACCAACUGCUCUCUCACUUUGUCCUACGACUUAUGAAAGUUUUAUGCAAAAGCAACAGCAGCAGCAACAACUACCGCAUCAACAUUCAUCAGCAUGCUGCUGUUUAUACAACGAUCGAACAAACUCAAUGUUACCCUGUCCAAAUCCGAUCUCUAAUCCAAAUCAUCAUUCUGAAAGUGUUAAGACAGAACCAAUACAAUAUUCAUCGGAUUAUUCAAUAGAUUUCGGACAUCAAUUAUAUGACGAAUCUACACUUUCGACAGCAUCAUCCGACGCGUAUUCAUCAUCAUUACUUAUCCCUGUUUCUUUACCUAUUGAUGAUAUCAAAUCCACAAUUUCCCCCUUAUCAUCUGGUCUUGAUUAUUCAUUAACUUCACCUAUUCAAACAACAAAUCAGACAACGAUCGAAGAUAUUUGGUCGACACCGGCUAUAUCAGCCGGUCGAAAACGUCCAGCAGCAAGCACAAACAAAAUACCUAAAGCUAAACGCAAAACUUCUGCUCCAUCAGAGAAUACGAAUGACGGAGAAGACACCCAACGCCCGACUACCAUGACUCACGUUUGUAGUCAUCCCGGAUGUGGAAAAACGUACAAUAAAUCCUCCCAUUUACGUGCUCAUGAGCGAACACAUUCAGGUAUUAAGCCGUACUCAUGUCAAUGGCCCUCAUGCGGAUGGAAAUUUGCUCGAUCCGACGAAUUAACGCGACAUUAUCGGAAACAUACUGGUGUGAAACCAUUCGCAUGCAAAUUUUGUGAUCGAGCUUUUGCUCGUUCUGACCACUUAACUCUUCACAUGAAACGGCAUCUUUAA